AACGCGCGGUCACACUGCCACCAAGUCAAAAUGAGGUGUUUUUCCGGCUUAUUUUUAAUUUUAUCAAUUAAAUUAAUUGGUGAAUUAAACGCCAAUGAGGUUGUUGGCUGUGGCGGCUUCAUUAAGAGCCAUGCGGAUAUUGACUUUUCCAAAGUAGAGAUCAAACUACUGACGAAACAGGGCUCGCUGAAGGAUAAGACUGACUGCUCGCCCUCGAAUGGUUACUAUUUCCUGCCCAUUUAUGAUAAGGGCGACUACCUGCUAAGCAUAUCCCCGCCGCCCGGCUGGAGCUUCGAGCCGGAGCACGUUGAACUGCACUUCGAUGGCACGAAUGACGUUUGCAGUCAGGGCACAGAUGUCAACUUUGUGUUCAAGGGAUUCGGCAUAACCGGCAAAGUGGGCCUAGCCACUGGCGGCGGAGCACGUGAUGUGGAUGUCCAACUGAAGUCCGAGCAGGGGGAAGUGAGGCGCACAAAGACAGACAACAAUGGCAUAUUCUCUUUCACGCCCAUCAUACCUGGAAAGUAUGUGAUCAAAGCCACGCACGCCAAGUGGCAUUUCUCCAAGGCGGAGCAUGAUGUGGUCGUUGUCAGUGGCAACACAGAGCUACCGGAGAACUCCCUAGUGGUCUCUGGCUUCGAUAUCAAUGGCCGCUUUGAUACGAGUGCACAGCAGACCGGCAGCUUAAGCGUGGCUCUGUACAGAAAGAAGGGACAAACUCUGGUGCCAAAGUGCGACAAGUCCUCGAACGCAGCUCCAAAUAGUGGCAGGAGCGAGUACGAGUCUGCCGCCUCUUGCUACACCCUGAUUGACAAAUCGGGCGAAUAUACAUUCAGGGACGUGCCCUCUGGCAAAUACCUGUUGCAGGCCAUCAACGAGAACUCCAAGCUGAAGCUGCAUCUCAGCCCCGAGUUCCUGGAGCUGGAAGUGGGCAAGGAUACGCUGCAGCUGAAGGAGGAAUUCAAGAUAACAGGCUUCACCAUCUCGGGCCGCGUUCUCGGCUCUGCCGGCGGUGCGCCCCUCAAGUCGGCCACUGUCAAGCUCAAUGGCAAAAAGGUGGGCGAAACAGAUGCCCAGGGCAGCUACACGCUGCAGAACAUCAAGCCGGGCACCAUCAACAUUGAAGUUGAAUCGCCACAGCUGCAGUUUGUUCCGCUGCAGUUCAAGGCCCAGAUAAACACGCCUGAGCUGCCGACGAUUGUGCCCGCCGCUUACGAAGUGUGCGGCAAAGUGGUGUCCACGAACUCCUAUGCCGUGGGUCUGACGAAGCUCGGCUCCACCUUCCACACGACGACGAAAACACAGCCGGGAAGCGGUAGCUGGUGCGCCUAUCUUCCUGUUGGUAAAUUCAGCAUCGAGGUGCUCACCACCGAUGCGGACAAGGCCAGUGGCGUUCAAUUCUUCCCCGUGCAGCAGCAGACCGAGGUCAAGGGUGAGCCCAUCAAUGGCAUCAUCUUCUCGCAGCUACGUGCCAAGAUACGGGGAGAGUUGCAGUGUCUGCCAGACGCCACGGGCACCUGCACUAGUGCCGAAGUCACGCUCCAAGCUCUCGACGCCACCGGCCAGCCAACGCUCAACAAAUGGAAGGCCAAGGCUCAUCGUGGCAAAUUUGUGUUCAAGGACAUGCUGCCUGGACCGUAUGAGCUGACGAUACCCCAAGGAAAUCUUUGCUAUGAAUCGACUCGCGUCUUCCUGAACGUUGCAUCCGCCGAGGAGGAUGCACCGCCAUUCAUUCACAAGGGCUACGAGGUCUCCAUCAUCUCCAGCCAUCGAGCAUUGAUGAGAUAUACGCACAUUACGGGACCCACUGAUCCAAAGCCAGCAACGGAAACGCUGAAGAUUCUGUCCGGCGUGAACACCUUCUGUGUGUCGAAGUACGGCAGCUACGACUUUAAGCUUGAGGGCUGUCACACGUACGAUGACUCGUUGCCCUCCAAGUUCAUCACCCCGGAGCCAGAGCAACUGCAAACGCUGAUCAUCAAUGCGGUGGCCCACAAGACUGGCAUUCGCGUGCUUUCCACAGAGCCAACCGCAGACUCCAUUAAGCUGCUGCUUGAAUCGGAGAAACUGGGCAAGGAGACCAUCACGCCCACGGCCGAGUCGCACAAGGUUGAUGGCAAAUACGCCUACCGCUACGACACCUAUCUGAGGCCCGAGGAAGUGCUCCACGUUACGCCCGUGAGCGAUGUGAUGCUGUUUGCGCCACAGCAGCAGGAUAUCAUCGGUGGCAGCGAUUGCGUGGACAUUGCCUUUAACUUUGUGGCCACGCGGGGUCUGAUAUUGCGCGGCAAGGUGGUGCCGGCGAUUAAGAAUGCCAAGAUUACCCUUUCUUUCCCCGACCAACCCACGCUGAAGGAGAUCGAGACACUGACGGCCGUGACUGGAGAGUUUAAGUUCAGCCCCAUCGAUGCGGAUCUGGCCUUUGAGUUGAAGGCGGAGAAGGAGUCGUAUGUGUUUAGCGAAUACAAUCGCCAGACGGCAUCGUUCAGUGCCCACAAGCUGUGCGAGAUUUCCGUUGUUGUCAAGGAUGAGGCCGGUCAGCUCUUGAGCGGUGUGCUGCUGUCGCUGAGCGGCGGUGAGAGCUAUCGCAAGAACCUGGUGACUGGCGAUGACGGUGCCAUCAACUUCCACUCGCUGUCGCCCUCGCAAUACUAUCUGCGACCCAUGAUGAAGGAGUACAAGUUCGAACCAAACUCCAAGAUGAUCGACAUCAAGGACGGCGAGACCAGCCAAGUUACCCUCAUUGGCAAACGCUUUGCCUACUCCAUCUUUGGCACCAUUACCUCAUUGAAUGGCGAACCCUUUGACGGCGUUAAUGUCAAGGCAACCGCCGACGAGAGCUGUCAGCGCCAGCAGGAGGAGGCUACCAGUGAGACGAAUGGCCAGUAUCGCAUUCGUGGCCUGCAGCCUGGCUGCAAGUACACAGUUCGCGUGGUGCCGGACAGCGACAAAGUGGAGCGAUCACUACCUCUCGAGCACGAGGUCAGCGUAGGCCAUGAGGAUGUGCGCGACAUCAAUCUGGUGGCCAUGAGUCCCCUGAAGAUUGUCGAUAUCACGGCCCGUGUAACGGCCACCCUCAAUGAGCACUACAAGAGCCUGCGCAUUGUGAUGUAUCGUCGCGGCAACUCCGACUCUCCAGUGUUCUCGCAGCGCGUGGGCACGCCAGUGAAUCCCAAGGCCCGACUGAACCCCGGCAUGACAAUAUUCUUCCCGCGAAUUCCACUCGACGGCAAGAGCUACAUUGUGGAGCUGCAGUCAACGCUGUCGGACAAGACGUACACCUACAAGCUGCCAUCGGCCAGCUUCGUGGCCGACAGGGGCUCAGUGUUCAUUCAGCUGGACUUCAAGCCCGAGGUGAGAGCAGCCGAGACGGAUCUGAAUCAGAAUUCGAUCUCUGCGCUGGUGCUGAUUGCGCUCGUGGCGAUUGCCUUCUUCAAGCAGGAUCUGGCCACCAGUUUCCUCGCCUUUGUGUGGGGCAAACUCAACGAUCUGGCGUCAGAUCUCUCCCAGCGCCAGAAGAGCAAGACGCAGGUGCGCAAGAACGAGCCGAUCAACCAGCGCGAAAUCGAACAAAUGGCCGAGCAGAUAAAUGCCAUCAAAAAGAAAAAGACCAAGAAGAUUUAGUGCCAAUGGCAGCCAUAGCCCCAUUCUCCCCUUAGUCGAUCAUCAAA